GAUCCCUUGAUUAUCUCCUUCCCACUCCUCUCCCUCCAAAACAUAUCACACGACACAGAAAAAAAUAAUUCAAAUUUGAAUCUGGAAAAUAAUCAAAACCUAUGUAUAGCUAUGGCGAAUCGAGACGGCGUUAAACUCGAACGUAAGAAGACGAUGACGAUGAACUGGGCGGGGUUAGGCGACGUUGAAGACGACGACGACCACUUCUUCGAGAGCUCCAACCGUAUCUCCACCGUCGUACCCGUAGAUUUAGCGUCGUCCUCCGACGAGGAAGGCGAGUUCGACGAUUGCCGGAUCUCCUUCUCUCGCCCUCCUCCUCCUGAGCCGAACAUGUCGCCGGAUUACGAUAUCUGGAUGUCGGCGCCGGGAUCUAUAACCGAGAGGCGACGCAAGCUUCUCAACGGAAUGGGGAUCGAGUCGAAGAGGAGCAUGCUCGGAGCCAUCUCGAUCCAGCGCGUGAGCAAUAAUCCUGUAACGGCUCGAGAAGCCGUUACAGAGGUUAAUAAGGAAACGCCUCCUCCGGAGAUAGUUCAACAGUUUCAUCGAUCUUCGGUUAUGAUCGUACGGUCCAGAUCCGAUUCCGAUAUCGAAUCGUCUUCAGCUGAGAAGAAGAGGAAAGACGAAAUGUUAGGGAAAACGUCUAAAUCGCGUCUCACCAGAACCGCGUCUGCGGCUGGGAGAACUUGCCUGCAGCACUCCACGCAAGCUCAAUCCUCACCGUCGCCGCGGGAAACAAACGGGCGAGCUCAAGCCCAACGGGCCGCGAUGCUUUCUUCUGCGAUUUCAAACACUCAGUUCAGCGCCUUCUUCCUGAUAAAGAAUCUCGACACAGGCAAAGAGUUCGUCGUGAAGGAGUACGGCGAGAACGGGAUGUGGAACCGUCUCAGCGAUAUUCAAACGGGGAAGCAGCUGACGAUGGACGAGUUCGAGAAGAGCGUUGGAUACUCAUCAGUUGUCAAGGACCUCAUGCGGCGCGAAAACGCGAGCUCGGCUGUUGAUAUGAGGAAGUUCAAUUCGUACGUGUCGAAGAGCUUGAGAGUGAGCAAGAAGAAAGGAGCUGCGUUGCUGAAGAACAUAAAGGGUGUGGCCCACUCAAUGAGCUCCAAGGCUUCUUCGGAGAAGGAUUCCUCUACUGGUAGUGGCACAAGCAGUCCUAAAGUAGUUGACGGGAAGGGGAACGACCAGACGAAUCAGUGGGUGAAGGUGAGGCAUUCAGGGAAGUCUCAUAAGGAUCUAAGUGCGUUGCAUUUGUGCCAAGAGAUUCAAGCUCAUCAAGGAGCUAUCUGGACUAUGAAGUUUAGUUUAGAUACUCAUUUGUUGGCUAGUGGAGGGGAGGAUUGUGCUAUUCAUGUGUGGGAGGUUCAGGAAUGCGAGAUUAUGUCGAUGAGUGAAGGGAGCUUGACGCCGAUUCAUCCUUCAAUGUCUGCUUCUUCUUCGGAAGGUGAUGAUUCAGAAGUGCACAAUGAGAAGAAGAAAAAAGGGAAAGGUUCAUCUGCUAAAAAAGGAAGUCAGAUACCAGAUUAUGUCCAUGCGCCUGAAACUGUCUUCUCAUUGUCGGAUAAACCAAUGUGCUCUUUCACUGGCCAUUUGGAUGAUGUUUUGGACUUGUCCUGGUCUAGGUCAAAUCUAUUGCUUUCAUCUUCCAAGGACAAAACAGUGCGAUUAUGGGAUAUUGAAACUCAAAGCUGCCUAAAACUGUUUGCCCACAAUGACUAUGUUACUUGUGUACAUUUUAAUCCAUUGGAUGAAGAUUACUUCAUAAGUGGCUCCCUUGAUGCUAAGAUCCGUAUAUGGAACAUAUCGAACCGUCAAGUAGUGGAGUGGAAUGAUCUAAAUGAAAUGGUUACCGCGGUUUGUUACACUCCUGAUGGUCAGGCUGCAUUUGUAGGCUCACAUAAAGGGAAUUGUCGGCUUUACAGUGCAGAGGAUUGCAAGUUGGAGCAAACAAACCAUAUUGAUCUACAAAACAAAAAGAAAGCUCAAGCUAAGAAGAUCACAGCUUUCCAGUUUUCACCGAUUAAUCCAGCAGAAGUGCUUGUAACUUCUGCUGAUUCACGCAUUCGGAUUCUUGAUGGCACUGAACUUGUUCAAAAAUUCAGAGGUUUCAAAAACACAUGCAGCCAAAUGACAGCAUCGUACACGCUAGACGCUAAACACAUUAUCUGCGCAAGCGAGGACUCGCAGGUUUACGUGUGGAAACACGAAGAGCCACGACUAGGAAUCACCGGCAGAAAAACCAUCGCCAUGUGUACUUCGUACGAAGCCUUCCCAUGCAAAGACGUUUCCGUGGCAAUCCCCUGGCAUGGCGUCGUAAAAGGCGAACCACCACCCACUCAUUCUAACAAAAACACGAAAAAAACUUCAACCACCACUACACAAUUAGAUGGUAAAAAGUCCGGCCUCCCACCGUUACCUAAAAAGAACAACGACAACACCGUGGACGGAGAAGCAGAACAACAUCAAGAGGAUGCGCCCAUGACGGAUACUCCGCAGAACGAAACAGAGAACAACAAUACAGGAGAGACAUUAAAGCCAGGGGAUUCACCAUCUAUGUCGUUAUCUUCUCGGAUAUCUUCUUGGUCUUGGUUUGAUGGUAGUGGUAGUCAUGGAUCGCAUAAUCAACCAACGGCUUGGGGAAUGGUGAUCGUUACAUCCACCAUCGGUGGUCAAAUCCGAGCGUACCAGAAUUUUGGGUUGCCCCGCAGAGUCAGUCGUCAAGGCUCUUUGUUUUGACGCAGUUCAUUAUACGUAUAUUUAUACAGUGU